AUGAUUACGAGACUUCAGCUGUUGCAAAGUUGGGAGCCAACAGGAGGAGCGAGCCCUGACCAGCCGAAAAGCCGUGAAACGACGAUCGGUCUGGCGAGAGAUAGAAAAGGAGUAGCCAUGACUGGUAAUGAAGAACCCAGUGAACCGCGGAAGUUGGAGCAGCAACGGCCUCCAAGCAUGGAGCCACCACCGGAUGCCAGCAAUGUCGGUGCUGGGCCAAGGCAGCCGGAAAGCCCUCCUACUAGCCGUUCUGCUAACGACAAAAAUGCCAUGGGAAGUCCUCGACAACAGCAGCCUACUGGGAGACCUCCACAUGCUCCAUACAGUAGGCACCAGGGGUAUGCUGGACAAUAUGCGGGAUAUGGUGGGACAAGACCACCACAACAGCUUCAGUCAGUUGUUACAAGUUCAUUCAGUGCCGAAGAUGAAAGGGAUCCUUCGCACCGUGGCUCUUACCCACCAGUUCCUCGCCACGUGAAUGUGAGCAUCAAUCCAGCGGACCAACCGCGAUGGACAGGUCCUACGGAUGAUCGCUAUCCUCCCGAGAGACUGGAUGUGGAUGUCCGGGAAGCUGAUCAAGACAGACGACAAGAACCUCCUCCUGAAGACCAAUCGGCGUUAGGCAAACCUUCUGUUGUCCCGCCUAGUCCAGCAAGGGGAAGAGGCUUGCCACCGCUUUCGAGAACUUCCAGUAGUGGUGGCGGAUCAUUCAUGGCCCCACCAGAGCCGCUAAAGAGGAGCUUUUGGCAUCAUUCUAGGCCCAACGAAGAGUUUUCGCCUGCACUACCGGCAGAAUUUGUCCCGCCAACUUCAAAGCGAACCAAGGUAUCUCCUCCCAUGCCCAGGAACGACCCUCCUUCAAGGUCGCCCACGGGCAUGGAUAUGAGAGAUCUACGAAGGCCUCCUUCGUUUUUCAAUCGGUCUCUGUCGUGGGAUUCGCGUGGUGAUGAAAUGUCUUACUACCACGGGAUGCCUCCAGCACGAGAGAGUCCAAGGUACGGUUCGGAACAUAGCAGGUCUUUUCAUCAUCACAAUAUGGGAGGGCCACCUCCGCAUCAUCACUACCACCACCAUCACCGUCAUUCAAGCCCAAGCCCCCCGGGGUCGUACCGGGAUGACGAAAUGGGUAGCAUGUCCGACCACUCAAGGUCAAGGGGUAUUCCGCCGCCUCCUCGGAGCCACCACAUGCAUUAUCCUCCUCCUCCACCGCAAGAAGUCGGCUAUCACCACCAUCAUGGUUCACCUUCCCAUGCCGCAGCAGCGGGGGCGGCGGCUGCUCAUCAUGGUAGACGUUGGUCGCAUCCGGACGCGUGGCAGCCACCCCUCCCGUCACCAACUUCUGGGCCCAGACGAAGCCCAACAAACUAUCACCAUCCUCACUCUGGAAGCCCCACCAUGCAGUUCAGAGACGAUAUCGAGUCGAACCGUGGAUGGACACAGAGUCGUGAAAGGGAUCCCAUGCCUAUGCCCCAUGAAGACCAUCGCCGACUACCACAUUUUGAUUCCGGCCUUGACCAUGAUGCUUACCACAGCGGGCAUUCUCCUUAUCACCCAAGCCCCUACUACGGUAGGGCUCGGCCAAUGCACCACAAGCCUCCACCACACCAUUCGCCUAUGGGCGGUGGCAGGAACGCUAUGCCUGUUGAUCCUCCUUCUCAAAGGAGUGUAUCGGCUGCGGAUAGCCGGUCGAUGCUCGAUGGUUCUCCUUCAUGCGAUAAUGCAAAGAGCUCUGAUAAUGCCGAAGAUGGAAAAGGCAAGGAUGGACCACUUUUGUUACUUGCCCUUCCCCAGGACAGGAUUUCUCUUAGCGAAACUCUUUGUGUCGUUCGUGAGAACAUUGAGGUGUUCACGGCCACGAAGAGUGACGUGGACGCACCGGCACCGGGUCGCAAACACGCCGUUGUGGUUGAUCAAGUUGGGCUGCGUUGUAUCCACUGUCGCCAUACAACGCGCAGUAGUGAUCGUGUGAAGCGGGCAGUUUGCUACCCGUCGUCCAUCAAACGGAUCUACCGAACAGUCAUUGACAUGAAGCUUGAUCACUUCUUGCAGUGCAAGUUUGUUCCGUCCGCGUUGAAGGAAAGGCUGGCGGAAUUGAAAGUAAAGCAUACGAGGAGCACGGGAACAACUAUGCAAUACUUCAUCAAAGCCGCGCAUUCGCUUGGGCUCGAAGAUGGCCCAUCAGGCGUUCGCCUGAACAGUAGCAAGGCCACGCACCGCCUCACAGAUGGCAGUGACCCAGCAAGCAAAGCGGGAUCCAAAGAGUCGCCAGCGGAAUCGUCGACUGCGGAUAAAUCAAAAUGUGAGGAUACCCGUGUCCCAGACCAGCAGACCACCAGUUCGAGCGCGCGGCCUAUUGCUCGUUUGGACUCGAUGUCGUCGGAAACUUCAGCCGCAGAAAACGGAACUGCAGAUCCUGACAAGUUUUUCACUGGCAAGAUCAAUCUUUCUCUACCAGAGGAUAAGAUGGCCCUUAGCCCACUUCGGUGCUUCUUGAGGUCCCAAGUUUGCGCCUUCUCGGCUACUGCAGAGGAUAUCGCUGUGAGAGCACCAACAACGUUCUCGAUUACCGUCGGUCAGGUUGGCAUCGGAUGCAUCCAUUGCGUCAAUCAGCCAUCAAAGUUACGAUCGAAUAGAGCCGUUUGCUUUCCCUUCUCCAUCUCGAGGAUCUAUCAAUCUGUUGCAGACAUUCAGCGCUUCCAUUUCGGCGAGUGCAAGAUGCUUCCUGUAGAUGUCCGAGAAAUGUUUCUGGACCUCCAGCGUGCGAGCUCGAAGGGUUCCAAGGGCUUGGCAACUCGGCAGUACUGGAUUACUUCCGCAAAGAAGAUUGGCUUGGUUGACACCCCAAGAGGUAUCCGUUUCGGCCGCGAUCCAAACAAACCAGAGACGACGUCCAUGUCGCUGGACAUCCUAGCUCAAGUCGCGUUCAAUGUGACCACUGCAAGUCGUGCGUUGGUCCUGCCCGAAGACAAGCCAUUCAUUGCCGAGUUUCUCUACGUGGUUAUGGAACAGCUGCAGCCCUGUCGCUUCACUGAAGCUGACCGCAACAAGAGGCGCUUGAAGGACGUCGGCUGCAUCGGAGUUGAGUGCAAGCACUGUGCUGGCCAGGUUGACGGUCGAAAGUUCUUCUGGUCCAGCGUCAAUGCAGUGGAAUCUAACUUUGUCUCCGUUCACACACACAUGAUGGAAUGUCGCAUGGUACCUCCUGAACUGAAGGAGAAACUAGCCGACCUCAAGAAGCUUAGGAAGGAGCAAACUGCGGCUCUGAAGACGGGAUCCCAGAAGGCUUUCUUUUCUCGUGUCUGGUCGAGGCUUCAUGGCGACGGCGAGAAACGCGGAGCGGACCCAUCUGGGAAUAAUUCGACGACAAGCGCAUCAGCAGCGAGUUCUCCACCCCUCUCAAGUGGAUGUCCAUCUCCGAUGAUGAGCGAGACCGAUUCCGUCGUGGUCGCAGGAGUGAGUGACGAUAUGCGUCAGAUGUCAGUUGUGGAAAUCUAG